ACGGAGGAUGUGGGUGGGGAAGAAGACGUGGACAAAAGCAUAGUAAAAAAAGUAAAAAGAAGAGGAGGAAAAUAAACCAUCUGAAACGCUCUCAGUCGUCUUUUCCUUUACUCAUGGAUUCAACUUCCUUGGUAACAAAGAUGCCCCACAGUAACUGCUCCUCUACUAGCUUUAAUGAGACUAUUGUUAGUAGUCCAGCAGCCACCAGCUUGGGUGCCCUCAUCCUCACUGUUGUGUUUCUGCUUGGAUUCCCUGGAAAUCUCUUCAUCAUCUGGAGCAUCCUGGCACGGGCCCGAAAGCAGAAUGUCACUACCCUCCUCAUCCUCAACCUAGCUAUCGCUGACGGCUCCCUGAUGGCUCUUACCCCAUUCUUCAUUGCCUACCUGGUUAUGAUGGAUUGGACAAUGGGGAAUGUGAUGUGUAAGAUCCUCUUCUAUCUCUGUUUGGCCAACAUGUAUGCCUCCAUUUACCUGAUCAUGCUGAUGAGCAUUUACAGACUGCUGUCGGUGGUGUGGCCAAACCGCAUCAGCGUGAUCACUGGCAAGAGGACUAUCACGCGAGUGCUGGCAGUGGUGUGGCUGCUCGUUAUGGUCGCCUCUAUUCCUGCAUUGAUCUAUCGAGAAGUAAAGUGUAAAGGGAAUGCUCCAGGCUCAGUGUGUGAUUCAUUCCAUGACAAGGACAGUGAAGUGGUUCUGCAGUACACACUGGAGCUCGUUUUGGGCUUUCUGAUACCUUACACGAUCAUUUUAGUCAGCUACAUUUGCAUCUUAAGACAGAUCCAGCAAACCAAAUUCCGCCGUCGCAUCCGCAGUGAAAAGCUCAUUCUGGCCAUCGUGCUGACCUUCUGCCUGUUUUGGUUGCCCUACCAUGUUGUAAACAUGGUGCAAGUUGCAUGGGCUUUGUUUCCAGAAGGUUCAGAAAAACGAAUAUUGUUGGGUAAAAUAUGGAAAAGGAGUCGUGCUGUUACCUCCACCAUUGCCUUUAUCAGCAGCUGUGCCAACCCGGUGCUCUACUUCUUCGCAGGAAAGUCCUACAUCAGACGAGAGGGGCUGGCAUUCAUGGCUCGCUUGUUCGAAGCCACAGGUUUGGACUCCGGCAGAAAGAGCCGGAUGAACAGCCAGAACAGCCGAGACAAAGACAAAGAGGCAGAAGUUGUGCUGAAAGACAAAGAUGCAGACACUUCCACGACGUAAAACUUUGAUGUCAAAUCAGCAAAAAAUAGAAAAAUAGAAGGGAGCACCCUCUGGUCUUUGUAUCUUCCUUCCGUCCAGUCAUAAUUAAAACGUACCUUUACAAAGACAUAAUGCUCAACAACAUUUACUGAUGUUCAGCUGACUGCUGAAACACUCAAAAACACAUCUACUUGAUGGUCUUGGAUACAUUUCAAGAUCCACACCUCAAACUUUGCCCAUUCUUAUUGAUAAUAAUAAUUAUAAUUAUCAAUAGUAUAGAGAGAGAGAGAGAGCUACACUACUGUUUCCCAUUAAAUGAGAAAGUGUUUCUAAAACUUUUCACCAGCAGUGUAUAUAUAUAUAUAUAUGU